GUUACCUUCGAGACGAGACACCGGUGCGCGCUCCACGCUGCUCCGCAUUCGGCACGCCAAACGGAGUCCGAGUGUCGUGGAGACUGCUGCCGCUUGCAGGGGCGGACGUGUUCCAGCUCGCAACUGGGCUGCUGCCAUUCGCCGCGACAACGCGUAACCCACAAAAUGCACCCACCUGGAACGAAGCCAGGCAUCCGCGGGCGCCCAUGGAGCAUAUGCGUGGGCAAGCGGAAAGAAAGGGAGAAGAAAGAAGCGGCGUGGCGGAUGUCAGUAACCGAUGCCGGCCAAAGCUGCCGAGCAAGUGAAGCAGGGUGGCUGCCUAGCUGGGGGCGGGCUGAUUAAAGGGCUGAACGGCGGCUGCACCGGGCGAGCUGUGCUGGUAGUAUGUACUGGCGCCGGCCAAGCGUGGGACCGGCCCACGCACGGUGCAGCGGGGCCGGCCGGGUGGGGGAACCGUGCCGACAGCUGAGUGGGCGGCGGGCUGAGGGCUGGCCGAGGGGAACGAGGUCGGUGCGUGUCCACGGCAUGUACCCGAAACAGCUGAAAAGCCAAACCAAUAAUCAGAUACUCCAGAACCAAAUAACCAAGGUGUAAUACGACGGAGACUCGUCCGCGCAGUGCUGCAAUCGCGUGCAUGCGGUCGCGUGAAUGCUCAGGCUGCACCCGCAAGCGGGAGGCUCGCCAGUUCCACACGCUCGAGGGCGGAACCUAAAGCGGUGGGUGACACCGACCAUGACGCCGGCAUGUGGGCGGGUACCCUCUCAUGGGAUGUAGGGUGCAUUGCUGGUGUAGGUUUGGUAGUGCGAGGAUAGGCCCUUUUUCGCGCUGCCCAAUGUAGUGGAGGCGGGUGGGGAUUUUGGUUUCGGUGAGGAAGAGGAUGUCCGGGGUGUGUGUGCUGACCGUGUGGAGGAUGCUUUCAUGUAUGGUGGCUGAGCAGUUCCCUGUGUUGAGGGUGAGGAUGGAGAUGCGUCCGUCAGGGGGUGGGGAGGGGCUGGCCUGGGCUUGGCCGUUUGCGGUUUCGCUGGGUGUGUUUUGGAGUGUGGCCGUGUGUCUUCUUUCGUGCGCUGUUUCUAUGGUGAUCUGGUGGAGUCUCUUGGCUGGCGGUGGUGAGAUGGGGAUGCCGGUGGCGAGUUUGCGUAGUUUAGGGCUGGAGUUGGGCAUACGCCUGGCGGGGCGCUUUGUGGGGCCCGCUGGUUUGGGCACGAUGCGUGUGGCAGUGUUGCUUCGGGUGGCUGGGCCUGGGUGGGCGCUUGUAGUCCGCAUUGAGCAGUGUGAUUGGCACCUUACAAGCAAUACGCAGCCACAGAAUGUUGCCAAUACUCUUGCCAAUCGAUGCUGGCUAGUUAGCCAGCUCAGGCCAGCUCUCACUCACAGACUGGCGCCGACUGGGCCAAGUCCGGAAGAUAGCGUGGCUGAGCCAUGCCCUAGCCUUCCUAGCAAUGAUCAAAAGCUAGGAAAAACAGGAGCAGGCUCUGAAGCAGCAAACUGCCCAGGGAAUGCGGAGACACGACCGGUAGCGAGACUCCCUGUAAAGGGGCCUCACA